AUGGACAUGGAAGAUACAAAGUCAGGUUAUACUAAGUUACGACUACUGCACUAUAAAUACCAGAAGAUCUUGAAAUUAUGUAAAGAGAUAGGUAAUGAUUUCUUCUUUUCAAAUCUUUCAUUUAAACAAGCAUUUUCAACCAACAUGUUUUCGACUGUGCACGGGCCAUGUGUAUCCGAUAAAGUUGAAAAAUUAGACGUUGCAUACUGUUUACAUAGUAAACUAUGGAUAACACCAGCAAAACAAUGGGUAAUACGAUCAAAUAAUUCAUGGCCGAAAUACGAUGUUAAACAGGUCAAAGUAAAACACGGGGUCCUAUUUGUACCUGUAGGUGUGAAAGGAACUUCACAAGAAGAAUUAGAAUGGCGCAUAUCGUUUUCCGUUGUAGAAAAACUUCUUAUGUAUUCUUUUACACAUACACAAUUACAAUGUUAUGCACUUCUGAAAAUCCUUCUGAAAGACGUUAUAGCUUUAGACAGAGAAUGUAAAGAAUUGCUUUAUUCAUACUUCAUGAAAACAAUUUUGUUUUGGAUAUGCGAAGAAUUGCCUUUAUCAAUAUGGAAACCUGAAAACUUGAUAUUUUGUUACAUGAGAUGUUUCAGAAGGCAUAUUUAUUGUGUUGAAUACACAGUCUGUCCGCAUUAUUUCAUUCCAGAGAAUAAUUUAUUUGAGAAUAAGAUAUAUGGACACGCACAGGAAAUACUAUUAAAUAAGUUGUAUAUUUAAAAUAGUUAUGAUUGGCAAUGUAUCUUAUUUUCAGACCAAAUCUC